GUCCUGCUUCUUCCUUCGUAAAUCAUAAUCGUCUCUUUCAAACUCAAAACAUCCGCAUAUUCUCUCUACCCUAAUCUACAAUUCUUCUUCGAUUUCAUGUAAAUCUGCAUCAUUUAAUUUUUUUUUUCAAAAGACAAAACCCUCUUUCGUUCUAUCGUAGCAGUUUUAUUUAUUUACUUGUAAUUUAUUUUCAAGUAGAAAAUUAAACAUGACGAAGAAGAGAAAAUCCGACGCCACGCGCCUUGACGAGGUUGAUCGGACCAUGUACACCAGUUUUUGCAGCGCUGCGAACUCCCUCUCCCAGCUUUACACCCAGGCUAUGAACCACCAACGCCUUUCUUUUCAGGCCGGUGAACGUCACGCGCUGGAGAAACUCUAUCAAUGGAUUCUGAGGCAGCAAGAAGAAGGGUCAAGGGCUACAACUGUUGAUAUAGUUGCUUAUUUGCAGAAUGAGCUUGAAUAUGGAGGAGAUGAGCCACCGGUGUCUCCUAGGCUGCCGUUGCAACACCCACAUUCCCAGGCUCCAACGCAGUCGAACAAUUUAGGUGCCCCUGUUCUGUCCAAUCCAUUGUCAUCGGUAAAUGUUGGGCAGGGAGUUCGGCCUGGUGAUAACCAAGUUAAGAACUCUGUAUUCUCGAACGCCCUCUCAAGCCCCGUUCGCCGGAGCCUUCAGCCCUACCACUUGGCGCAGGGCGGCUACAAUUCAAAUAACGUUUUAUCUUCAGUAAACGGACAACGGAAUAACGAGAGCAACUAUUGUCACCAACAAAAUAGGGAAGCCAAUUCCCCCAGCUCUAAUGACUGUAUGGACAUGCAUGCCGAUGAUUAGAUUUGUUUGGUGUUUUAGCAUUUGUCUUUGUUGUGGUAAAAUUUUAAUGCGUUGUUAGAAUUCAUUAUAGUGCAAAAUUUAUUUCUUAAGGUUGCAAUGAUGUAUUUCUUUGAUGGUGGUGGUAAGUUGUCAUUCAAUAUAUGGAAAAAUAUAGCAUGAGGUAGAUGCUUGACAUUGAAAAUA